UAAUAUAUUUUUUUCUAAUUAUGUGGAAAACAUUAGUCUACAACACCAUUAACCUUUAAUGAACACGUUUUUUCCUUAAUUAAGCUCAGACCUGAGAGCUGUGUAAGAUGUCUGUUCCCUUCUCCAACACAAACCUGCGCAUCCCGAGAGGCUUUGGGAAUUUAUUGGAGGGUCUCGCGAAAGAAGUGUUGAGAGACCAGCCUGAGGACAUCCCUACCUUUGCUGCUGUCUACUUCUCAAACCUUAUUAAAGCCAGAGAGGAAAGUGGCCUAGACCCAGCAGAGUGGGGUGCAAAGUUGGAAGACAGGUUCUACAAUAAUCACUCAUUUAAGGCCACAGCAAUACAAGGAAACUACAUUUCACCAAAAAUAAAUACAAGAAACAACGCUGGCCGUUCUGAAACUUUUGGAGACAAUGAAACCCUAAGCUCCCCAUUAAAAGACCUCAACACUAAUAUUUCUGAGGACACUGAAGUGAAGCAAAAAUAUGAGUUAGAUAAGAAGCUCGAUGUGGAAUCCGGUGAGACGGAACAUGGACCCGAUGCGGAUAUUCCCAAUGUGGGAACAGCAGAUGUUGAUAUAUGUGCUCAAGAGCUAAAAGACCCCAGCAGGAUUCCAGAGCAAACAUCAGAGGUACUGAAGGAUGAGGAGGUUGCAAAAGAAGCUGUAGAUAUUGAUAUCUGCAGAUCAGAACUUGGGCCUACACCUUUGCCUUCCUUUGAUGGUCUCGCAACUGUGGAUGUAUGUGCUGAAGAGAUAAACCACCCAUCUGAAAGCCUAAAAUUGAAAGAAGGAGAGUUUGAAGCACAAGAUGAAUCUUUUGUUAAAACCCCUUCACAAAUUGAGCAGGAUGUAGGCAAGCAGGCAAAUGAAAUGUCUGAUGAUGAUGAUGAUGAUGAUGAUGAUGAUGAUGGCCAUACUGAAGAUGCUGAACAGGGAAUUUUAGAAAUGGCUGAUAAUUUAUUAGAAGACAUUGAUCCAGAAGAGAAGAGCACUGAGCAGAUUUAUGUGGAGGAAUCAACUGAAAGUACUACUGAAAACACAGUUGAAGUAGAACAGAAAUCAGAGGAACAUACUGAAGAAAAGGAUGAUUUACCAGACAAUGAAAACCAGGAAGAGACUAAUCAUGACUACAGCAGCACCAAUGACUUUGUAGAAGAUGCAGCCGAUUCCACAUCUGAUAUCAAUUGCAGAUCAUUGAUUGAAAUGAAAGACACAUACAUUGACUACAGUGAUGAGACAUAUGACAGUAAAAGCGAAGUCAUAGAUGUUCUAGAUGAAGUGCACCAUCACUGUUCUACUCAUACAGGUGAGCAUGAAGCUGAGAACAGCACUGAUGAACAAAACACCUCUAAAAUGAUGGAUGCAAUGAAGAAGGAAACCCCAAAGCUAGUUAACGACAGUGAAACUGAAGUCACAGAGGACAUGAUAAGCAACAGGAUUUUAAAUACUGAUGCAGUGGAUGAUUCUGAGAAAGAUCUAAACACAGAGAACGUAAAUGAAGGGAGUGAUCUUGACAGUGAUGCUGAAGAGAUGGAUCUGGACAUUUCGAACAUGCCUCAGCAAAAUAUGGUAAAAACCGUAGAUGAGGAGAAGGAUGUAACCCAUGAUACUGAACCAGUGGAAGAUAUCUUGCCUUUUGAAGAUGAAAAAGCUGAUCUCAGGCCUUUAGAAGGAGAAACAGAGGUUAUCUGUGAAGAACAUCUGACAGAGUCGCAAGAACAGACUGAAAAAACAGAGAAUGAAGGAGAUCAAGAGGAUCAGUUGGAGGAGCAAAGGGAUAAAUGGCAGGAAUCGACACUUGAAAGAGAGAACCAGGAAAGUCCUGACAGCAUAGAACAUAAGGAGGAAUGCAACCAGCCACAAGAGGAAGAGGACAUCAUGGACAUCCCAUUGGAUGACCCAGAGGCCAAUAAGGCAGCUGCCAAAAUCCAGGCCGGCUUCCGUGGUCAUAUGACCCGGAAGAAGAUGAAACCCGGUGAAAAGCCCAAUGAGGAGGUGAGCAGCAGUGGUGAGGGCCUCAACGGCAGCCAAGGGGACUCAGGGGGAACAGACGGAGUAGAGACAGACGUCACAUCUGGACCAGAGCAGUGAAGACCCUUCUCAAGGUGGAUGGCUUAAAGGACGCUUUCUCCAGGGAUUUUUUUGUGUCCAACAAAAGUAGUACAAUUAAGCUGGAUAUGUCAUCUGAUGUGUGAACUCUUUCUCUAUUUUCUGCUUCUUAUCCAGUCCGGUUAAAUAUCUGCUCCAGCAUGCGUUUGCAUCCCACAAAAGGCAUCUGUAUACUGCAUAUCUGAUAUUUGUAUACCGUAAAUUGGAGAACGGACAGUGUAGAAUUUAACACAGCCUUCUUCAGUCAGACAGUCAAGUAGACUUAAAACAAUGCAUAAUGAUUGAGUUUUCUCCUUUUUGUUGCUUGAUAUUCCUUUCUUGUGGUAGUAUGUUAAUGAUUGCCUUGAUUUGACCAUGUAGCCACUAUCACAUUAAUAUGUGAGAUUUGUUUAUCAUAGAAUGUUAUCAGUUGUUUAUAAUUGUGUUGACUGAUCUGUUUGGUUUGCUAGCUGUAAUAUGUUGAAAAUGAAAUCAGAGCUUCCAAAGCAACAUAUGGCAUGGCAAGAUUGACUAUAAUUUAUUUAAUUCUGUUUAAUUUGUAAAAUGAUUGAUACUAGGUCUUUCGUAUCAUUAGAAAUAUAGAAACUGAGUUGUGAAAGCUUAACGAGUGAUAGUCAAGAUUACCUUGCAUGAUGACAUCAGCGUCAAGCUCUGUAUCAGUUGAUAAAUGAAUAAAAACUCAGAAAUGUG